GUUUGUGGUCAGGCGUCUCUGAACACCAGGAUUGUAGGAGGACAGGCGGCCCCCGAUGGCAGCUGGCCCUGGCAGGUCAGUCUGCAAAGAUCUGGGUCCCACUUCUGUGGAGGAUCCCUCAUUAACAGUCAGUGGGUGCUGACUGCUGCUCACUGCUUUCAAACCAGUACUCCAACUGGUCUGACUGUGAAUCUGGGCCGUCAGAGUCUACAGGGAUCUAAUCCCAAUGCAGAGUCUCGGACAGUAACACAGAUCAUCAACCAUCCAAACUACAACUCUGUUACCUUUGACAACGACAUCUGCCUCCUGCAGCUCUCCUCACCGGUGACUUUCAACAACUACAUUUCUCCCGUCUGCCUGGCAGCUUCAGACAGCAUCUUCUACAGCNUUACAAACUGAUAUAUUUAUUUUACCCCUUCAGUGUCGCUUCCUUCUCCACAAAACCUGAUGGAGGUGGAGGUUCCUGUUGUGGGAAACAGGAAGUGUAACUGUAACUAUGGAGUGGGAAGAAUCACUGACAACAUGAUCUGUGCCGGGUUAAGUGAAGGAGGAAAGGACUCCUGUCAGGGAGAUUCAGGAGGUCCAAUGGUGAUCAAGCAGAACGGUCGCUGGAUUCAGGCGGGAGUCGUCAGUUUUGGGACCGGUUGCGCCAGGCCGAAUCUUCCAGGAGUCUACGCCAGAGUAUCCCAGUACCAGACCUGGAUCAACAGCCAGAUCUCCUCCAACCAGCCGGGCUUCAUGACGUUCACGUCCACUGGGACCAACAUUGACCUCAGUGUCUCCUGCACAGGACUGCUACCAGUGCCAACCACCACCCCUACUACCAUGACUACAACUUCCACCACUACAACUUCCACCACUACAACUUCCACCAACACCACCACCUCCUCUGAAAAAGCCACCUCCCCUACCACCACCACACCUACAACCACCAUCACUACCACCACAACCACCACCACCACAACCACCACACCUACAACCACAUUGCCUCCAACCACUCCCCAAUCGGUGGUCUGUGGACAAGCUCCAAGAACUUCUGGGAUUGUGGGAGGAACCUCAGAUGCGACAGCCGGCUCAUGGCCAUGGAUGGCGAGCUUACAGAAGAAUGGAAGUCACGUGUGCGGUGGGACUCUGGUGGCCUUGGACUCAGUGUUGAGCAACGCCAACUGUUUCUCAAG